AUGGCGUCGAUUCCAGCUUCUUCUACUUUCCACUCGUUCUCAGCAACCAAAAGCCCUAAUCUUUCUGCGACCCAUCUUCUUCCUCUAUCGAAAAACCUCAGCUUUCGAACCAGACCCAUCGGGAACAGCAGAAUUUGCAGUUUUGCUGGGUUUGCGAAACAGAAUCGCCUUGGAUUGAGGAAGCUUUCUUCGGUUGGGGAAGGAGGAGAAGGUGUCGCAGUUGCAGAGGAAGAGCAACAGCAAGAGACUGUCUCUGUCCCCGUCUCUCCUUCAGACAUGCUCACCAUGUUUUUUCAGGCUGAUGGAACUUUGAACGAAGCGGCUAUUCCUAAUGUAACAAGGGCCUUACAGGACAUUGAUGGAGUUUCCAAUUUAAAGGUUCAGGUUUCUGAAGGUGUUGCCGUUGUUGAGCUUUCAAAGCAGACAACGGUUCAAGCAACAGGAGUGGCGUCAAGCUUGGUGGAGACUAUCCAAGGAGCUGGCUUUAAGUUACAGACUUUGAAUCUAAGCUUUGAAGAUGAGGAUGAGGCUCUUGUCAGUUAA